CUCUUUGCAAUCACGCAUUUCAGCUUGCCACAAUCCAUCGAAAAAACACGUCCGGUAGCAAAAGCUAGUUUCUAAUAUACGAAUUCAAAUCUUUCAGAGCCUUUCUUAAUUGAACAUUGUCCUUGCCAUAUUCCUAAAACAGAACGUUCGUCAUGAAGUUCAUAUUGACCGCUUCCAUAGUAGUCACUGUUUGGCUAGCUUCCUCUCCGAAAACUAUAUCAGCGUUUACGCCCAUCAAUCUCCGAAACGGUGCUCUCAAAGCAAGCAAAGUCCGUUCCUCACAAAGCCCAACUAUUCGUCGCAAUGGCCUCGCUGCAAUGCCCGAAGACGCCAACAAUGAGCUCGACACACACAUUGUCUUAAAGCAACGACAACCUCGUCCUGCAUACAUCCCUGGGAAAAUUGAUGAUCCUGAUUAUGUUAGGAUUUUCGACACCACUCUGCGGGACGGGGAACAAAGUCCGGGAGCAACCUUGACUUCGGCGGAGAAGCUUGAGAUUGCUCAAAUGCUCGCAAAACUUGGCGUUGACGUUAUCGAAGCUGGUUUUCCCAUUGCCUCGCCAGACGACUUCAACGCCGUCAAACAAAUUGCGGACAUUGUCGGUAACGAUGUUUUCGAGGAUGGGUACGUUCCUGUGAUCUGUGGAUUGUCCCGUGCUAACCAGAAGGAUAUUCAGACUGCCUGGGACGCUGUCAAAGGCGCAAAAUUGCCCCGAGUCCAUACGUUCAUUGCAACCUCCCAAAUUCACAUGGAAACCAAGCUCAACAAGACGCCCGAUCAAGUUGUGGAAAUUGCCGUGGAAGCUGUCAAAUUUGCGAAAAGUUUGGGCUGCAAUGACAUUGAAUUUUCUCCCGAAGAUGCUGGUCGAUCUGACCCAGUCUUUCUGUACCGCAUCUUGUCCGAAGUUAUCGUUGCGGGCGCGACAACGCUCAACAUUCCCGAUACUACAGGCUGGAACAUGCCGUGGGAAUUUGGCGAUUUAAUCAAGCAAUUGCGCGAAAACGUCAAGGGCGCCGAAAAUGUUGUUUUUAGUACGCACUGUCAGAACGAUUUGGGUCUUGCCACAGCGAACUCUUUAUCAGGUGCUUUGAACGGUGCUCGCCAGCUAGAAUGUACGAUCAAUGGAAUCGGAGAACGUGCUGGAAACGCAUCUUUGGAAGAAAUUGUGAUGUCUUUGGCCCUCAAGGGUGCGACCAAAUUCUCCGGGGGACCGGGUACGGGGAAACUUUUCACAGCCGUAAACCCAGUCUAUAUCACACCUACGUCCAAGAUGGUUUCCGAAUAUACAGGAAUGGCAUGUCAACCUCACAAGGCUAUCGUCGGGGCAAACGCAUUUCAACAUGAGUCAGGAAUUCAUCAAGAUGGUAUGAUCAAAAACAAGAGUACCUACGAAAUCAUGACACCGGAGAGUAUUGGAUUGAUGCGUGGUGAAUCGCAGUCAGGUGCUGGUAUCGUGCUUGGCAAGCACUCGGGUCGCAACGCUGUCGGAACACGCCUUCGUGAAUUGGGCUACGACUUGGAUACGGAAAAGCUUAAUGCGGUCUUUGUGCGUUUCAAGCAAGUUGCCGAACGCAAAAAGGGCGGCUUGGAAGACGAAGAUCUGGAAGCGUUGGUAUCGGACCAGGCGGGUCUUUCCAACCUUCUUUGGGAAGUGACAGGCUUACAAGUAGCAACAGGCUUGUCAGGAAUUCCAACGGCCACCGUCAAAAUGCUUGGCCCCGAUGGUUUGGAAAGAUAUGUUGCUUGUACUGGUACUGGACCAGUGGAUGCCGUUUACAAGGCUAUCGACCAAAUUAUGGGUGUUUCGGUUCGCUUAGAAGCCUAUCAGCUGAACUCCGUUACAGAAGGCAUUGAAGCUAUGGCCACAACACGAGUGGUCAUUGCCCCAUUGGAAGGAGGUCCGAAUGAUUCCAUUUCAAUUCAUUCGCAAACAGGUGUCAGUCGAAAUCGCAAGUUCUCUGGAUCGGGAUCGGACACAGACAUUAUAACUUCCUCAGCUCGUGCGUACGUUUCGGCCUUGAAUAAGCUCCUGAAAUGGAAUGCCCGCAGUCGAGAACAGGCACGUGAAGAAAAGACGAAUGGGAGCGGAGUCGGGGAUGCCGAACUAGCAGGAAACAUGGAAGUCGCCGAAGUAUCUCAAUAA